AAAAAAUAGUAGGAUCAUUUCUUGUCUAACAAAAAAAUCGAAUGGCAUCUUUGGUCCUCAUCCUAACUCGAUUGGGUGGGGUUUUUUUCAGAGGGGGAGAAUUGAUGCAGUAGCCUUGGAUGGAUUGAAUAAAUAUGACAAGUUUUAAAGGCCAAAGCUUAAGAAUUACAGCCCUUUAGCCAAGCCCACGAACCCCUCAAUUUGGGUUCCUUGUAAUUAGUUGGGGUCUAUUUGUAAUUCUUAUAAGUGUAGGGGUUUUCUUGUAAUUAUCUUUUCAAUUAUCUAUGAGUUAGUUGUCAAAAUUGUUUAAGACAAGUAGGAAACUAUUUUCAGUUUCUUUUUGUACAAGGCUUGGAAUCCCCAAUCAAUGGCAAUGAAUAGAAGCUGGAUUUUUUUGAAAUUUGAGUUGGUGAUUUCUCUCCUUUCUCCUCUCUCCUCACAACAUUGUUCAUGAUACUGUUCAUCCUUCCUGUUUUCUCUGCAGAUCUAUUUCUCUCUUCUUCAGCUUUCUCUCUAUCUUCCUUCCUUUCCCUCUACUUUAUUUUCUCUUCUUCCAUUAUCGCAGAUCACUGCAGUUGUAGAAUUUCAGCAAGCACUUCUCUUUGGAAUAAUCUGCCAUCAGGUUCUUUGAAACAGAUCUAUUCCUUCUGGAUCACAGGAACCGAAGAAGGAUCAGUAUUUCAGACUUCAGUAACAGUGGUUCUCAAUGAAGCGGCAGCAUGCUGUGAUAGUUAUGGCAGAUGGUCUUUACUACACAAAAUUCAAGCUUUAUUGCAAGCCGGGUAUGGAGGGGCGCAAUUGCUAUGCCGAUGAGCAUUACCUGCCAACCCUUUUCCAUAUGAUUGACCCUAGUGGCAUUGCAAAUUGGUCAAUCACACAUGUUGAUUGGUCUGAAGGAAAGUGGCAUCCAAAAGCAUAUAGGGCUCAGGAUGUAACCUAUGAGCUGAUGAAGAACAUCACAUCUAUUGAUGAGAGCAUUCACGUUACAAGUGAUGAGAAGAAGGAAGUGCAGAUAAGGCCUUGCUUUUGGAAUGGUAUGAAGCGGCCGUGUUAUUUAUUUGCGAGGAAGUUCUACCCAGAAGCUGUGGAUAACUUAUUGCAUGUUUUCUCAAACUACACAUCAAUAUGAGCCUCUCUUUGAUUGUUAUUCUUUGGUCGGAUCCACAGUUUCGACCCCAUUGGCCAUUAGUUCUCUAUAAUAUGUUAAAAUGUUGUAAAAUGCCACAUUUUAGA